GCAUGAGUCUUGAAAUUAUUAAUUUUCUGGCAUUUUGCCAAAACAAAUUUGUCGUCUGCCAUUCUCUUCUUAUCUUCAUUUUCCAUUCAAAGCAAGCCGUCUUCAUACCCAAAUCUGUGGCCUCAGUUUCUCAACAAACAUUCUCUCCAUCGUCACUCUAAAACCUCAUUGCAUCUUCCUCUCUUUCUCUCUCCAUGCACAAGGUUAAUUGAAUGUGUUUGACUGAAAUCUGUUAUCUUCUUCGCAUGCUGAUUCAACCUAAUCCAGAAACUUGUUCAUGUACAUAAGAAAUCCUGCAAAAAAAAUAAAAAAUCUGUUAAUCUAUUGAAGAUUUUCCCGCCAAAGUUUGAAACUAUUUUUAGUAAGCUCACAAAUGGAGAAGUUGACGCGGAGAGAGAAUGGCGGCUCCCCGAAGACGCCAGAGUCAGACGACAUGGACUUCAAGGACGUGUUCGGGGGUCCCCCUCGGCGGUUCUCGAUGCAGGAUGUGAGAGAGAGGCACAGUUUCGGGGAGUCGUCUUCGGCCUCGUCGCCGUGGGAGAAGCCCGUCUUCGGAGAGGAGAAGAGGCGGCAGAGGGGCCCCGAUUUCUUCGACGACAUAUUCAAAGGCUCGCCGAGGAGGAGCGAUCGCGAUGGCUCGAAUCCGGGUUCGAGGAUCAUGAGCCCUUUCUCGCCUAAACCUGACGCCUUGGGCUCUUCUCUCCCUGCCCAUUUCAGGUUUUUCAUAUUCUUUUGUUGUUUUGUAAGUGCUUUUCAAUUCUGUGAUUAGAUAUCUCUCCACGUAAUCCAACAUUUCUAUUCCGUGUCUGCUUCUUAAGCAUUCAUUGCUACCAAAGACAACUUUACACCCACUUAUAUAAACACUUACAAAAAAUACCUACACAUUAUCCUUCGUUACAAGAAUGCACCAAUGUUUGCGGCAGCAAGGGACAAGAGGGUAGUUUUUAUUAGAGAAUGAUGGUCUCUGCUUGACCGAGUAUGUGACCAUAUGCCAGUUUACCUGCAAAGUGGACGAAAAGCAUGGAUUUGCCGACGUUUGGAUCCCAGAAUCAUGGGCAGCAGCACAAGGUGGAUGGAUUGAGUAUCCCACAGUCUUGGAGUCCUUUCUCUAGAUUUUCAAAUGAGGCAAGUGGGAGGCUUGAUGAAGUUGAGCCCGUGAGUCACCAAAGGCCGUUGUCCGAUGAAGCUGAAGAUUCACCAAUCUCUGAUCAGAAAGACAAGGAUGUGAGCAUUGGCAAUGAUCAGUUUCAUUUCUCAAUCUACAAAUGGGAAGGAGGCAGAGGAGUUCCAAUGCUGAUGCCUCUCGUCAUUGGGAAUAACUUGAAAUCAAAAGAUGGUAUCAAAUAUGAUGAAAUGUCUGCUAAGCCCGAGUCCUUAAGAUCAGAGCUUGCAGAAGGAGAUGUGAGGAGCAGACGAGACAAAAAACAAGAGCUGGAUUAUGUUUUUGAAGCAUUUCAUGAAUCAUCCGAGUCGAAAUCUAAGAUCAGCCUUAAUGAUAGUGUGGUUCUUGACACAAGUGUAAAGGAAGAACAAGUGAAAUCAGUUGAUGGAAGCAGUGUAAGAGACAAGGUUGAAAAGAAAGUCCAUGUGAAGAUAAGUGAAGGUCUUGAUGCAUUUCUUGAUCGAAGUGAUCAGCCUGAAAUGAAAGAUAAGAAAGCUAGAGCUCAACCAGUUGAUGGUGACAGCAAGAAAAUGAAGGAAAGGGGGAGGAAGGUAAUGGAGUCGAACAAUGCAAAAGUCGAGAAAUCUACAAAAUUGGAAGCAGCAUCUGAGGUGAAAAGUGGUGCAGCCAAGGGAAAGGUGAAGGAGUUCGUUCAGAUUUUCAACCAGGAUGCUGCUGAUUCAAGGCCCGAAGCUGAUGCUCGAGGGAGCCGGAGAUGGGGAAAUGUGGUGAUUGAUCCGAAAGGGAAUUCAAAUCAAGCAAAGGUUGAAGAACAAGUAAAUUUGCAUGAUGUGGUGGAUAAGAAACCAGAUGUUUCAUACAAGGAGGUUGAAAAUCUAAAGAGUAAUGAAGCACAACGAUUCUCUCCAAAGAGAGUGUCAACUAGUACUCGUUCUUCAAGUACACUGCGCAGAUCAUUUUCAACAGGGGCGCUUCCCGAGGAUUUCAAGAUAUCAGGGGAGAAAGUAGACGAUCCUUUGGAAGACACCUUCGAGGUACACGAAUUAUCCGAUGGUAAUGAAAAUGCUGCACACGUCGAAAGCUCUGAGGAAACCAAAGCUAUAGAUGCCAAGAUUCGGCAGUGGUCAGUUGGAAAGAAAGGAAACAUCCGCUCUCUGCUCUCAACUUUGCAAUACGUUCUGUGGGCUGAAAGUGGAUGGAAGCCGGUGCCCCUCGUUGAUCUGGUUGAAACGAAUUCUGUAAAGAGAGCAUAUCAGAAAGCUCUACUCCGACUGCAUCCAGAUAAGCUGCAGCAGAAAGGAGCUGCUUUUCAUCACAAGUAUAUUGCAGCAAAGGUUUUUGACAUUCUUCAGGAGGCAUGGGACCAUUUCAACACUUGCUCCUCCUUAGGUAUAUGAUGAGUCGAAAACAUCAGAGAAUUGAGCAGAGCAGUUUCAAGAGAAGUGAGGAUGUAAAUAUCUUUUUGACAGUGUAAAGAGGUAUACAUAAUACCCAUUGGAUUUCACCCAGAGCAGUCAUACUUGCCAUUUUUUAGUCCUCUUAUUUUUUACCCCAGACUUUCUGUCGAAUACUUUUGCUUCAUACAGAUGGUUGUAGUCAGAGAAAAGAUUAAGAAGAUUUCUUGAAAA